UCUUCAUCACACUCUUUCCUUCUACCACAUUUCUUUCAUCUAACAAACUUAAGCUUUGCAAAAUCGAAUCAUGUCUUUGUUAACUAUGGGCGAUGAACACAGAGGCACAAUCGAGAAUAUCUCGACAUUUGAUCCGAAGCGGUUUAGAUGUCGUGUACAUGAAUAUGUACCCCACGAUCCUUUAAUAGAACCAUAUAUUAGAGGAUGUGGAUUUGGAAAUCUCCUAAACAUUGUUUCGUACUCGGUGGACUACAAGUUCAUCCUAGCUUUGUUGGAGAGGUGGAGACCCGAGACCCACACAUUUCACCUUCCGAUUGGUGAGUGUACCGUCACACUUGAGGACGUGUACAUGCUGUUGGGCCUUCGUAUAGAUGGAAAGGCAGUCAAUGGGAAAGUUAACCAUGUCAACGACAUAUGCAAUGAAUUACUGGGUGCCCCUUUGUUAGACGACGAACCUGAGGGAGACACAUCCAGUCAAGCAAGGGGGCAAGGUAUAAAUUUAAAAUACCUUAGACAAUAUUAUAACAGUAUAGUACUGUCUGAAGAUUCAACCGAAUUGCAUAAGGCUUUUAAUGGAGAGCAGGAGUUUGAUAUCGCUCCAAAGCCCUUAAAUGGAAAAGAAGUUUAUAGAAAACAACAACACAUUAAGGUUACCUUUGAAAAGAAACAAAAAAAGUUCAUGGAGAAGAAUAUUUGGAAAAAGAGGUCGGUAUUCUUUGAUCUUUCAUACUGGUCUAGUCUUGAUACAUUAUCUUAA